AUGGUUUUAUUUAUAGGAAAUAUUUUACUAAGUUUUAAAUAUAACCUGAGACAACGCACUCCGGUAAAAAUACAGAAUGAUCAAACAGUCUCCAAUGAAUCCGAAGAGAUUUACUCACCAGUAGUUUCAGAAUAUUUACCACCUCAAGAAAACGCUCCAUCUGUUUUAACACCUGAUGCCGAUACAGAAUUAAUAAAUGAUGAAUUCAUAGAAAAUUACAAUAAUGAACAAAUAGAAGAUAUUUUAAGUGAAAUUGUGCAAAACCAAGAACUUAGUGAUGCAAUAGAACCUGGAAUACGAACCUCUAAAGAACAAAGUAAUGUAAUAGGGAAUGGAAGUCAAACUAACGUAGAAGAGCCUAGAAUUUCAUCACACAUUAAUGCUAAAGAAAAAAAGAAAUAUCCGAAGAAAGUUAACCCAGGAAGGAAGAGAUUUUUGAAUAAAGAAAAUUGGAAGGCUGAAAUAUGUAAACGAAAGAAAAAUUUGGGCGAGGAAUUUAUAAAUAGAAAAGGGCAGUUAAUAGCGAAAAAAAAUUAUGAAACCAGACUGUGGUGCUAA